AUGAAGAAAGUUCAUAUAUGUCAACUGUUCAAAGUUGAAGUUUCUACUGUACUUGCCUCAAAUUCUCAUUCCAACUACUCUCUCUCUCUCUCUGAAUCUUUGUCUGUGAAACUCAGCCUGCUACUACUGAUGGCUGCUGAAAUUGUGGUGGGAGCUCUUGUGUCUGCUUCCUUGAAUAUUUUGCUCGAGAAGAUUGCUUCUCGGUAUGUGGUGGAGUUCUUAAAGGGGAAGAAACGCUCUGGUUUUUCUAGUCGUCUCUACGACAUGAAGAUGAAAUUCUUGGCUCUGUCUGCAGUCCUUGCUGAUGCGGAGCAGAAGCAAAACAAAGUCCCUGGGGUGAAGGAGUGGCUGGACGAGCUCAAAGACGUCGUCGAUGAUGCGGAGGAUCUGUUCGCUGGAAUCGAGUACGAUGCUCUCAAGCUCAAGAUUACUGAGAAAGAAAAGUCGACAGCCAUCGCUGCUAAGGUGAGUAACAAACUCUCCAAACUUGUCAAUUUAACUGGCAGCAAAAGAAAGAACGAGAUGGAUGAGAUUCUUAGGAGGUUGGAGCAAUUUGAAAAGCAAAUCAGUAUUCUGCGCCUGGUUAGUGAUGUUAAGAAAGAAGAACUCACGGAAAGGUCUCCCACGACUUCUCUUCCCGAUGAACCAGAAGUUUAUGGCAGAGAUAAGGACAAGGAUGGUUUGCUCAAGUUGUUGAUGUCAGAAGAUUCAGGUAGCAGUAGUAGUCAAAAGAUAUAUGAAGUGAUUCCCAUAGUGGGAAUGGGUGGAGUUGGAAAAACCACGCUUGCUCAGACCCUUUUCAACGAUGAACAAGUUAAGAACAAGUUUGAAGUUUUGGCCUGGGUGUAUGUUUCUGACAAGUUUGAUGCCAUGGCAGUGACAAAAACCAUUCUUCAAUGCAUAGCUCCAGGGGAGUCUUUCAAUAACAUGAGUUUGGAUUCGCUCCAGGUUAGUCUGUCAAAGAAGUUGAUGGGAAAGAAGUUUUUCAUUGUUCUGGACGAUGCGUGGGAAGAAGAAUAUGUUUGCUGGAAAAAUGUGAUGAAGCCUCUCGAUGAUGGGGUGAGAGGGAGCAAGAUGAUAGUAACGACAAGAAGUGCAAACGUUGCAGAUGACAUUCGAAGUGGUGAUACACACCAGCUUAGUGCAUUAUCGGAAGAUGAUUGUUGGGAACUUUUUGCGAAUCAUGCUUCCAAUGGCAAUCCUAGAAAGUUUAAUGAUAACCCAGAACUGGAAAGCAUUGGCAGAAAACUUGUUGGGAAAUGUAAAGGUUUGCCUUUGGCUGCUAAAGUUCUAGGAGGGCUCCUGCGCUCGACGUGGGAUGUUGAUAGAUGGGAACAAAUAGCACGAAGUAAUGUUUGGGAACUGAGUAAGACUCUUCCAGCUGUGUUAGAAGUGAGCUACCAUUAUCUUCCUCCACACUUAAAAGGGUGUUUUGCUUAUUGUUCGAUAUUCCCAAAAGGCUAUAAAUUUGACAAAAAGGAGCUGGUCUUGAUAUGGAUGGCUGAAAAUCUUGUGAAGCAUUCUGAAGGGAGUAGGAGCAUGGAAGAAGUGGGCAAUGCGUAUUUUGACGAUUUAGUAUCUCUGUCAUUUUUUCAAAUAAAGACUCGUGAAUUUGCAGAGAAUAUAGUUUCUAUGCAUGAUCUUAUCGUUGAUUUGGCUAGAGCUGUCUCUGGAAAAUACAAUUAUUUGUUAGAACAUAGUGAAGACAUUGGCAAGUUUGAGAAGAAGACUCGUCACCUUGGAUGUACAAAGGAACUCCUUUGCUGCAAUGAAAAGAUAUCUAGUUAUGAUUUUGAGCCUACUCGUUUGCGGACCUUUUUAGCAUUACGUUCAGAAUAUCAAGAUAUAUGUAUACCUAAGGAAGUAGUGCAUCAUUUGGUGUCAAAGUUGAAACGUUUGAGAGUUGUAUCUUUUCGUUAUUCUGGUCCAGUUCUUUCCUCAGCAAGUAUUCACAGCCUAUUGCAGUCGUUUGGGAAAAAUGAGGUCAAGAAUGCAAUUUUGGAUAUUCCAAGAAACAAAGCCCCAGCCUCGAAUGGGUUUUGCAGCUUUAUCUUUCAGAAUUAUUGGGAUCUAAUUGGUGAGGAGGUUAGUGAAGCAGCGUUGUCUUUUCUAGAGACUAGAAACUUGUUGAAGGAGAUUAAUGCAUGCAACAACUAUAACUCUCAUACCUAA